UUGUAAAUGGGAUGUUUGCUCAUUCUUUACAAACAGUGAUGAAAAACAGCUUACAUUUGUUACUCAUACAAUAUAAUUUUAACCCUAUAGUAGGAAACAAAUGACUGACCUGAAACGAGUGGCCUGAAUUUGUAUUUUAACCAAUUUCUUUACUUGAUCACUUGAAUUUCAAAAGUGGAAUUAUGCAUGUACAUAAGUUGUUUUCAUCUUUGGCAUAAUGCAUGAGGUCUCAACAAUGCUGAACAAUCAGUCAUGGGGGAUCAUGUCGAGUUGGUCGCUGGCUGUUAUGAGCAGAUAGUAUUUGGAUAUCGAGUGUGUCCUGGUGACGAGGAGUGGGCAAUUGAGCCCAACUUUACCCAUCAUGCACACACAGCAUCACUGACUGCAGUUUCAUCCAGUGAUCAGUUCAUCGCCACUGGAAGCAAAGAUGAAACCAUUCAGCUCUAUGACAUGAGCAAGAAAACUGAACAUGGGGCUUUGUUGCACCAUAAUGGUACUAUCUCGUGUCUGGAGUUUUAUGGCACGUCCCAUUUACUCAGCGGAGGACAGGACGGUCUCAUCUGUGUGUGGAGCACCAAAAAAUGGGAAUGUUUGAAAUCUCUCAACGCUCAUAAGGGUCAUGUUACUUCACUUUCCGUACACCCUUCUGGAAAACUCGCGCUCUCUGUCGGAACAGACAAGACUCUGCGAACAUGGAAUCUCAUUGAAGGACGUUCAGCUUUCAUCAAGAAUCUUAAACAGAAUGCAGAGAUCGUCUUGUGGUCACCAGACGGAGAUCAGUAUGCAGUGGUUGGGAAUGAUCGAGUGGACAUUUACAUUCUAAAAUCUGCCACAAUUACUGGAACCAUUGCAUUCACACAAAGGAUUUCAUGUGUGAAGUUUCUGAAGAACACACUCUUGGCUGUGGGAGGAGACGAUGAGAGCGUGUGUAUCUAUGACGUGACCUCACAGAAGUGUGUUUGCGAGUUCAAAGCACAUGAGAACAGAGUAAAAGCCAUUGAGAGCUUCAUGAAGGAUGAUUUUUGUGUCCUUGUUACGGCAUCAAAUGAUGGAUUCAUUAAGUUGUGGAAACUCAAUCUUGAGAACCUUGAGACUCCUUCCCUGCUUGGCCAGGUGAACACCACUGCCAGACUCACCUGUCUUUCCAUUUGGAAAUCUGGUCAAGCGAAAGAGACGAGUACUGAACAAUCUGCCCAGCCUGAAGCUUCUAUAGCUGUUGUGGUGCCCCCGAAGCCAGCCAAAGGUAAAAGAGUGCGGCUACCAGGAGAAGAGGUGAUUCUAGAAGAAAGCAGCUCUACAAAAGCAGGAAAAAAGAAGAAAAAACAAAAAGCGCAAUAAACAGUUUUAUUGAAAUCAUUGGCGGUCUUCUGUUAUUUACUUUUCAUGUCUUGCAUUUCAUAGAGUGUAGUG